UCAGUCCGAAAUGAACCAAUUUUUGGCCGCCAAGGGGGGUGCGCGCGCACCCUGCGCACCCCCCUGUGUACGCGCCUGGGGACCCAACUGGCCAAAAUGAAUGCAGAACUAGAAAGUAGUCGUAAAAUGCCAGUAAGGAACCUUAGCUUAGAUAGUUUAAAGCCGGAAGACGGACGACAAAACCGGAAGUUCAAACGUCUACCUUUUUUUUCUCCAUCCCAAUGAAAGCCAUCACACUCACUAAUAAGAAACCUGAUAUCGUUGCGAUAGCAACGUCUUUGCUUAAAGUUCCCUUGUGAUUUUACACUUUCAUUUGGUCAAUAUACUUGGGUAAUAGAAGAUGAAGAUUCUACAGUAAGUUGUAGGCAAUCAUAUGUCUGUUAUCAUGAAAGUGUCAAAAAACUUUGUGAAGUCACAAUGACGAGGCAACCCACGAUUCCCGUCCUCAAAAAGUUCGGAAUAGGAUUUCGCACCUCAUUCUUUAUAGAACAAGGACGACGCAAAUAAUGUUAGGAAAUAUUGAAGUUCUAAGAAAAAAGUUAAAUUUUUGCUCAAUUUAAUUUAAGAGUCUUUUUCAAUAAGCAAGCGUGCGGGGAUUUACCCUGCAAGUCACCACAACCAGUGGUACCACCCGCUUAAGGGCCGUUUACACUAACACGGAUUCGUUUGGAUCCGUAUACUUUUCGAUACGUAUAGGCUUUUCGUCCACACUAACCCGCGCGCUAGAUCCAGCUAAUCCGGAUACUUUUUGGCCCGUAGUGUGGACGGUGGAAUGGCCGUAUCAAAAUGAAAACGAUGGUGAAAUGUCGCAGGCGCGUCUGCUGCUUUGAGCAUGCGCAUAUCAUAAAAAUGAAGUCACCCCGUACCUUUCAGCGUUUUCAAACGUUUGAAUCCGUGUAGACGGCUGGAUUCAGGCGAACACGCUGCGAAAACGAUAGUGUGGACGCGAAUCAAGUUAUGCGUUUUCGGCGAAACGAAUCCGGAUACUUUUGAAUCCGUGUUAGUGUGGACGACCCCUUAGUUUACAGCAAAUGUAAUCCUUGGCAUUUCUGUCGCGUGAGGUAACACACAGCGUACGGACGUUGUUCUAAACGUUGCUAUUAAGAAGUGAAUAUUAAUCAAAAUGCUGAGUAGUCAAGACCUUGAGACAAAAGAUGAUUCAGUAAAUACUACUAUUGCGUGGCGAAUGACAGAAAUAUCAGAAUAUAUAAAAAAUAAAAAUCUCUUUCCAGAAUUUAAUUUAUCAAUCAUUUACCCCCAACUUACAUUAAAUGUUGAUGUUCUAUACCCUGAAGGCUUUUCAACAUCCCUUAGUUUAUAACAUUUUUUUAUUUAAAUGGUAAUAAUCUGAAAUGUAUUUUUCUACGGUUUCUGGAAUUUUCUGACUUUGCUUCUCUUUUUUACGUUGUGUGAGCUGAGAUGAAUUAAGUCCGGUGUCAAAUGGACCAAGUACGUCGACGGGCUGUACAUUUUUAAAAGAACAACGAGAACUAUGCUAUUUAUUAUAUACCGAGUUGUUUUAAUUCCUUCACUUCCAUCAAAUUUAUAUUGGCCCGCGAUAAUAAAACGAAUACGCUAACAAUAAUAUAUUACGGAAAAGGAAUCGGGUUAAUUAAGUUUUUCAUUAAGACUCUUAGAGAUAAGACUGUAAAUGAUCCAGUCGUCAUAUGAUCGUGGUGAAAAUUCAUUGUUAGACGGGGUAAUCUUAAGCUCAGUGGUAUAAGGAUCGUCAAACCUUUCUGUGUUCACUGGGAGUAAUGCGACAGGGAGAAAGAGGGCAUAAGUCACAUCAGGGGGCGGGAAUCGUCAUAUAAAUAAAGGGACGGAAGUAAUAAAUAGCCAAUGGCAUGUGGGAUAUCGCGAGCAUCAGACAGAAGUAGCUCAACAGAGGUUGAUAAAAAUGUUGGUUUCUGUAUAGUAAACGCGGACUUGUAUAGAUUGCAGGUAGAAAACAGGGUCGUGGUGAUGGUAGAGUUUACAUCGAGGUACAGAAUGACAAUGUAAUUUGGCUGUUAAAGAGGAAAACAUCACUGAUAGCAAGGACGAAGCAAGAUGUUUUGGUGUUUAGCAUGGAUGGGAAUGGCGCUGUUAACUUUAGAAGGCGUAUCAGGUUCGCAAUCGAGCGCCAAAAAACAUGACAGCCCUCAGCAACGACUCAUAUCAGAUUUAUUCAAGAACUACGACAGAGACGCGAAACCGAUGGUUAGAGGAAACAGCAGUUCUGUUAUGGUAACCUUUGCAGCCAAGCUGAUCAGGAUCAUCGCAGUGAAAGAAAGAGAGAACACGUUUAGAACACAGUGGUGGAUGCAGCAGAGAUGGACAAAUCCCGACUUGUCGUGGAAUGCUAGCGAGUACGGUGGCGUGAGUCAGAUUUACGUCAGUCCCAAACGCCCAUGGACUCCUGACAUCUUACUCUACAACAGCGUUCGUUUCGUUGAUAGCGCGGAGGAGGACGAUCGCCUUGGUGGUGGAACAGAGAAGUACAAAACACAGAUAGAGAUCCGUUCUAACGGGUACAACUCCUGGCUUUCUCCUGCGAUGUUUAAGAGCACGUGUGAUGUUAACACUAGGUAUUUCCCAUUUGACGACCAGCACUGUACGUUGGAGUUCGGCUCCUGGGCUUUUGAUGCCUCUCAGCUUGACCUCCAGAUCGACGAUGGCGAGACGGGCUCGCAGAAAUUCGAGAAGAACACAGAAUGGCUGUUAAUCAAGUUUGAAGCAAAACGGAAGUCGGUCAAGUACACGUGUUGCCCCUACCCCUUUCCCAGUGUGGUUCUCCAUGUCCAUAUAAGGCGCCGUUACUACUAUUACCUGGUCAAUCUGGUAGUGCCAUGCUCGCUAAUUGGAGUGAUGGUGCUGUUGAUCUUUGUGCUCCCGCCCGAGAGUGGAGAGAGGAUAGGUCUGGGUAUCACUGUGCUCAUGGCAAUGGCGAUCUUCCAAGAACUGACUUCCGAGAAAUUACCAGUGGAGUCUGAUCACACGCCGUUAUUGGCACAAUACUACUCCGGUGCAAUCGCCGAGAUUGGCCUCGCCCUUUUCGCGACAUCAAUUAUCAUAAACUGCCAUUACAGGAAAACAAGAAUGCCCUUUUGGAUACAAAAGAUAGUAUUCAACAUUUUAGGACCAAUAGCGCGUAUAAGGCACCAGCCUAAAUCCGCUCAAACCGACGAUUCACUCUUGGGGAAGGGCGCAAACUACGAGGAAAACUCCAAAGACGGCGUCGCGUUUAUCAAGGGGAACUGUGAAUUGAAGGCGCUGAGCUUACUCAGGAAUGAUUCCAACGUGUCUAACGAAGUGCCCAACUCAGGGGAGUGUCAGGUCUGUAAACAUUUAAGCAAUUUAAGAGAGACUCAGGUGUUGGAUGAUAAAGAAGAUGGAGGUCACACCGGGUUUCAUUACGGCGACGACGACGAGAACGAUGGACAGCACAUUUACGGCAAAGACUGGCAAAUGGCAGCCAAGAUUCUGGACCGAUGUACCCUCAUUGUUGCUGUCAUUGUCAGUGUGUGUACCUUCGGCGCAAUUUUCCUGCAAGCUCCGAGGAUCCAGGCGAUGUUUUUGGGGGAGGGUAUCGAGAGCUGAAGAUAGUUGUUGAUAGUUGAUUGUGGUAGAAAAGGUGCUUUUGGAGUCGCAUCGAAGUGACAGAGAUGAUACCUGAAUGCGCCGUGAAUAUACUCGCUUUUUAGCAAAAGAUCAGAUUCGAGAACUUGAUGUCUUUACCAAACGAGGAGGGAUAGUGUGAUCUUGCGAUGUUUAACUUAUCUCUUGUCUUUGUGGUCUAGCAAGUGCCGUAUCAGAAAAAAAGUUCAGAAUCAAAACGGUUAGGGUAAAGAACUGCAGGUGUGAUGCUUGCAUAAGCUCAAUAUAACAAUGUAGGCAGAACUGUUGAGACUCGCUCAAAAGAUCGUUUCCAUAUAAUCGAGGCAGUCUUCUGGAACGCUUUAUACGACAGUCGGAAUGUUAUCAUAUGGAGACAGUCUUUAUUGCAAUGAAAAAUGAAACACAAAGCAUUCAUAACUAGGAAGUGGCAGAAGUGGUCAAUGUUUACAUAUAGCAGACAUAGUACAUAUUAAACACGAGGUUCCUCUAUAAAAGGGAAAGCUCCUCCCAGCCCUGGGCUCAAGAACAAUCAGUUAUCAAUCAGCAGUCAAUGAGUCAACAUGUCAGGACAAUUAUUCUGAGCGCUAAAUUCAAAUUUCAUAUUCUAUACCUUGUCCACCUAAAAUGUUUCUAUUUAUAGUAAAAGAAUGCUGUACCAAGCUGUGUGCGCUCUGAAAUACGAGCAUUUUAACACAUCGCGAGAAUAAUUUAUGCUCACGCGUUAGAUUAUGGAUAGCGCAAAAUUUAACAUUUUGCACCGAAAACAAGAGUGGACAGCAGUUAACUAAGUUAUCAUUCUCUUAAAAUAACUGUCUUGUUACCUGUGCAGUGUUCUAAUUAUAAUUGCAAAGUCGAGCCCGGGGGCAGGAGGAGCUUUCCAUUUUAUAGCGAAACCCUCGUGUUUAAGAAGUACUCGUGAAUGCAUGGGAACCAGUGCACACAUUUCGUCCCGUUAAUAUCUCAAUUGCCGGUUGCAGGGCAUGCAAUGGGUGGAGAACUUCUAAUUGUACUUGGAAGAAAUCAUUCUUUUACCCAGGCAUAUAGCGCCCCACUUUGCCUACGAUAAGGCAGGAAUGACGAUCGAGGUUUCCCGAUCGAUGUCUGCUCCACAUCACUUUGGGUAGACUCUCCACCUAUUUCGCAUUUGUUACUAGUAUACGGGCGAUUUCUUUAAUCAGCUGGCUAGUCCAAUCUAUCUAACUUGAUUUGAUCAACGUGAAGCAAACCAACAUAAAUAUCUUCCUGUAGUUGUCAUUUUAGUCAAAGGCUCUUUCGGGUCUCUCUCAAGAGCUCUUAACUCAAAAAUUGUAACAUUAUAGACGGAAGUAGGUUUUUAGUAAAAAAAAAAAGGAUAAUAUUUAAAGAGAAUGUUUAAAAGGAAACGUUUUCUUUCCGUUGGUUUGGUCCACGUUUAAAGGCUGGAGGUGAUCUCAGUUUCCAUGGACACGUCAUUUCAUAUGCGACAAGCUCGAUAAGAUGUUACGGAUGUUCGCAAGAACAGAUUUAAUACAUAUUGAUACACAAUCUUAUUAUUAUGAUAAUGUUACAAGCUUGAAAAAACAUUAUCAUAAGCCCUUGCGACAUUGAUAUUUUCUCUUCUCUUGAGUCAGAAGGUUGUGUUGCGAUGUUACAGUAAAUAAUUAGCAUGGGAUUAGCACAGGAUUCACAUUCACGAAAUCGAGAGAAACACCUUGAUCAGUGGUUACCCAUAUAAGUGACGAAUUUUGUAACAUGUUAACUUCAUCCUAGCGUUUGAUUAUUGGGGGUGAUUGCAAAUAAAGUGAUACAGUUUCUAA